AUGGAGCCAAUAGACUGGAACUACAUAUCCGCCAACCGCGUCUGGCGGCAGAACCUAAUGAAGGAGUUGCUCAACACCGGGGAGGAGAUAGAGACACCUAAGCUCAAGAUGUGGCGGGACAUACAUGAUGACUCUGUGAGCCUUGAGUCGUAUUGGUACACGUUUCUCUCGCCCAAGUUUCGCCGACCGGCGCUUUUGGCGUUUCGCAUUACGGUUUUUUCCGCCUUACCGCUAAUGCUUAUUUCCCGUGAGGUUGCGCAUAAAUUUCCAAUGUUCAGGGUUCUCUGCCUGUACGGCAUCGCAUACAGCCAGGAGACGGUAGGUGAGCAGAUAUGCAUGCUAUGCACGGUGUUCCAAAUGUGUCUCUGGACGGUUUUAUGGGGAACCUUGAUGUAUGUGUUCAACGUGCUUGAGCACGAUGUGGCGUGGUGGUGUGCCGUAUUCUUUGGAACAUUUUUUGUAGGCCUAUUCGGAGAAGUGCGUUGUAAACGCCUGUCGAUCAUGAUGAUUCUGGUCAUUAUGGAGGUGCAACGCGCCCAGCCGUUUGCGAACGGGCCGUAUUUACCUAUCUAUGUGGCUCGUGACAUCUGCCUUUCCGUGACGUUUUCCUUUGCCCAGGCGCUUUUGCCACCGUUUACGAUGAGCAAACGCGUGGAUGACGCCAUGGCGGGUGCAUGGCGCCACAUGGGAGUUAUGAUGCGGAACUGUGUCAAGGGAUGCUGGACAGAGAACCCUCUUGAGGCGGCCGCAGCGCUUUCAAAGACAUCCUCGGAGCCUAUCCAGGCAAUGUUUACCGUUUUGCCGCCUCAACUGAACAUGGUCCGCUACGAGCCGUGGGAAUCACCCCUACGCUGGCAGCUGCGAAACGAGCGCAUCAAGGUGAUGGGUGGCAUCAUGCCCAUGUUGCACGCCUUAGCUGUUGUGGUGAAAACAAUUCAUUCCUUGGACCUGAAGCGGAAAGAGUCUGAUAGGGUGAGGAACCCCAGUGUGGACAUCGUCCGUGGGCGCCUGGAAGAGACACUCGAGCCAUACUUGCAGGCCGUAGAAGAGACACUGAGGGGUUUGGGGCAUGCCUUGAACCCGAAAGAUGUGGUGAAGAAAGUUCCGCUAGAUGAUCCUGCAUGCGACGACGUCCGAUCUGCAAUCUGCCAUUGA